AUGGCUGGUGCUGGCGUUCCCGUUUCCGUUCCCGUUCCCAAUCCCGCCCAGUGCUACCCUCCAAGUCUGCCUGAGCUUGACGCAAGGGCUCGGCUUACCGAAGGGACUGGUCCAGUAGACGGAGUAGCAGUGGACUGGGUUUGCACCAACACCGCCGAGCAUGCCGGUGGAUGCAAUGUGACAAACCCCCCUAUCGACAACUUCCUGUUGAAGUUGCCGGCUUUGUAUUGCUCCGGAUGCGGCAAGCUGAACCCAACAGGCUAUCGGUGGAAAAUGACGCACUGCAGGCUGGGAACAGUCUCGCUUCAUCUGCUGAUUCGUGAUCAAGGCCCGCACAAUACGUGCGUGGCCCACGCGAUUGUCACCGGCAUGGAUCUCAUGACCAAAAUCUAUAAAGCAUAUCGGUUUGAUUUUUUCUAUGGCCGUCCCUUGAGUCUUCAAGAUCUUUUCAAGACUUUUAAUGUUCUCUACAACGUGUCCUUCGGGUACGAGGACAACUUUGACAUGGAGUUAGGUAGAUCGUAUUUCAUCAUUGACAUCGCACAGCGUUUUGGUGUGAGGCUAAGUGCCCCGUCCCUCAGUACCGAGUGCCAGUGGAACCAAGUACCAGAGGACAGGCUGAAGAUGGGCUCUUUUUUUCAUGUACCUGCACAUGACACAGGGCUAAUCGUCAGACUGAUAGCCGGUGGAUUCCCUCUGAUCUGUGGCAUGCGCUGUGGAAGGACAUUCAGAUUCACGACUGAAGGCGAGAUCUACGAUGGGGGCGAAGUUGGUACCAGUCAUUGUGUCCUACUGAUAGGAUCGGGAGUAUUGAAUUAUCCUGGCAACCCAGCCAGGACCAAGACCAAUAAGUACUCACGGAAGACCUGGCCUUUGAACCCUAAUGGUAAACCGGGACCCCGUGUUUGCUUGGGAGCAAGGGGUUCGUGGGGGGACCAAGCUCAUGGAAGUUCCUCUCAAGAAGGUGGAGGCGGAGAUUUUUAUAUCUGGGCUGACCAGAUCGAUAGAGUGAUGGGGUUCCACAUGGAAGGCAUGUACUAG